CCCUGGGCGUUUCAGUUCUAAAACGUCUGUGCCUGUGUAUAUCUCGGGCAUUUUUUUACACAAAUUGUCGGUGAUUCAAGGCAAAUCGCCUAGCAAUUAGACUAAAAAAAAUUCCGGAUUUUCCACUCUUACCUUUUCAUUCUUCCAACAUGUCCGACAAGCCCGACAGCCCGGCAACGCCUCCGUAUCCCGACCUGGGCAAGCUGGCCCGUGAACUCUUCCGGCGCGGCUACCACCCGGGCAUCUGGCAGAUCGAUUGCAAGACUCUGACCAGCUCCGGCAUCGAGUUUUUUACCACUGGAUUUGCCAGCCAGGACAAUAGCAAGGUGAAAGGAUCCUUGCAGAGCAAGUACAAGAUCGAGGAUCAUGGCCUAACCCUCACCGAACGAUGGAACACGGAGAACUGGCUCUUCGGAGAGAUCAUGCAGAAGGAUAAGUUGGCACAGGGCCUGAUGCUCGCCUUGGAGGCCAAGUUUCAGCCGGGCUCCAAUGAGGCGGAUGGAAAGUUCAAGUUGGGCUAUGCCCAGGAGAACUUUCACUUCUUGGCCGACAUUGGCUUGAACUCGGAACCCGCUUUGAACUGCUCCCUGGUUGUUAAGCACAACGAGUUCUAUGGGGGCCUUGGUGGCGAGCUAGACGUUAGUAAUGUGGACUUGAAAAUGUGGAAGGUGGCUUUGGGCUGGACCAACGAAACCGCCACCUUGCACGGAGAACUGAAAAAUGGAGACUCCUGGUUGGCCUCCCUAUUUUAUAAAGCCAAUGAUAAGAUCGAUGUGGGGGUGGAGAUUAGCAAGACUGGUGGCGCCCAGGAAGGCGAGGGCGGCGGGGAACAGCAGGAACAGGGUGGCGACCUGCUCGUCGGCCUGGGCAUGAUAUAUCACUUGGAGGAGGACGCCCUGAUCCGGGCCAAGAUCAACAAUGUGGUGGAGCUGGGUCUGGGCUACGAGCAGAAGCUCCGAGAGGGCAUUACUGCCUCCAUAUCAGCGGUGCUAGACUGCGGCAACAUCUCGGAUGGAAAUCAUAAAUUUGGCGUGGGCGUGGCCCUCCAGUGCUAACAAGGAGGUCUUAGAAGUUAAUCAUUUGAAUUUCCAAAAUUCACUUAACCCUGUUGAUAACUAAAAUCCAUUUACAUAACAUAUUUUUAGAAAAUAUCUUUCGAGUUAAUAAAGUUACAUGAAAUUGA